CAAAUCCCUGGAACAUCAACACCGCCAUUCUCAGCUGGACUGAAGGACAUCAUGAAGAAUUGGAACGGGCACGGUGACGCACUUGUCGCGCCUCGGCGGACUCCCGCAGGCUCUCGCUUUCGGAUCGCUGCCUUUGUUACAUUUGUCCUGAUCGCAGGAUUGAACACAGUGUUUCCCAGCCUUAAGCAUCAAUUCAUUCCAAAGCCUGGUAGUCAGCCACCAGCAAGGACCGGUUACGCCCCAGAAUCGUUCCAAUGGUCUCAGAUUAAACCGAAGAAACAUCUCGAGUUCCACAAAUGCUUUGACGGGUUCGAGUGCGCGAAACUGAGUCUGCCGCUGGACUACUUCAAUGGCACAUACCCAGAUGACACGGUCAGCGUUGCCAUUGCAAAGCUGCCUGCCAAAGUAACAAUCGACGAUCCUCGUUAUGGAGGUCCGAUAUUGCUCAAUCCAGGUGGUCCAGGAGGCCCCGGGGCGCUAUUUGCACUCAAGAUAGCAAACUCGCUGCAGUGGGUUGUUGACUCAUCUUCUGAUCCUGCUUCAACAGGGAAGGAUGCUCGAUUUUUCGAUAUCAUUGGUUUCGAUCCUCGUGGAAUUGGCGAGACUGAGCCGGCCGCCAACUGCAUAUCCGACCCUGCUGCAGCAUGGUCUUGGACAAUGAGAGAGACCGAAGAAGGUAUCUUAGGCAGCUCAGAUGCUGCGCUCGGGCGACUGUGGUCCAUGACCCACGCAUUUGGUUCUUCCUGCAAACUAGCUAUGGACGAAGAGGAUGGUCCAGACAUCAAGCAGUAUAUGACCACUGCUUUCGUUGCUCGAGAUAUGCUCGAGAUUGUGGAGAGACACGCCGAGUAUAAUGCCCAUCAGGUUGCUCAAGCCACACGCAAUAACGGAAAAAGAUCUGGUUGUCGGAAUACUGGACAUCCAAAGUACACUCCAGGGGAGGCCAAGCUGCAGUACUGGGGUUUCUCCUACGGCACCAUCCUUGGUUCCACAUUUGCGUCUAUGUUCCCUGAUCGCGUUGGACGACUUGUCUUGGAUGGUGUAGUCAAUGAUUACGACUACAACCACUCCUUAGGCAACGGCAGUCUGAUAGACAACGAGAAGGCCAUGGAAUCUUUCUACUCAUACUGCCUACUCUCUGGGUACGAAACUUGUCCACUGGGUGGAAACGCUACCACCACUGCCGAGAUCAAAAGUAAUACCGAGAGAAUUCUGAAGUCUCUAUAUCACAAUCCAUUCAUUCUCAGCUCAGCAGAAGGUCCGGAAGUGGUUACCUAUUCCGACAUCAAAAUCACCAUUUUCAGCAGCAUUUACCAGCCGCAGAUCAGCUUCGAGUCUCUUGGACAUCUCCUCCGGCAGAUCGAGGCUGGUAGCGGCGACUUGAUCGACCUUCUUUCGAGGCCCUUUAGAGUAGCCCAUACCCUGUCAUGUGGUAUCAACGGAACUGUACACUCCACAAUCUCCGACACCGGUGACGUUCCCACAUUCGCCAUCCUUUGCGCUGACGGCGUCGAUCAACAAGAUGUUAGCAUCGAUGACUUCGUCGAGUACUGGCAUCUCCUCCAAGGCAUGUCCUCGGCGGCUGGUGACGUAUGGGCAUUGCUGAAGAUGAAGUGCGCAGCCUGGAAGAUCCGUGCAAGCUACAAGUUCGACGGCGAACUUGGCGGAAACACAAGCCACCCAAUUCUCUUCGUCAGCAACACCGCGGAUCCAGUUACGCCGCUGCGAAGUGGAAGAAUUAUGCACUCUAAGUUCCCCAACAGCGGGCUUUUGGUAAAUGAUCAGGCUGGACACUGCUCGUUCUCGGUCACAAAUUUGUGCGCUUAUGACAGGAUCAAGGACUACUUCCAGACAGGGACGUUGCCUGCGAUGAACACGCUUUGCAUACCUCCACCAAGUGUGUUUUCUCUCAAUUCGACGGACCCGAAGUCUCCGUUCUAUGAUCCGACGCUGGAAGUUGGCACUUCAAUCUUCACGGACUCUCAGAUCGGCACCGAGCAGCAGAAGAUGCACAGUGCGGCAAAGACACUGCAACGUGUGAUGGCGGACAGCGAAACUUUUGGCUUCAGUGGCUUGAUUCGCAAUGAGAAGGCAGCGAGCAUCCAGAAGAUGUCUGCUGCGAAGUACUUGGACUGAAAGGUCAAGUGCCGUAUCUCGGAUACUUGAAGAAUGUGUAAUGGUGAGGAGAGCUAUCGUUUGUUUUUGUAUUUCACCUGUCCACUACUCCACCAUAUCCUACAUCUCCUAGUUGUACUUGACAGUAGCAGUCGAAGUGCGUACGAAGUAUCAAUCCAC